AUGCGUACCUACGAUGACACCUUCAGCGGCACGAAAAUAUACCCUGGCAAGGGCAAGCUCUAUGUGCGCGGCGACAGCAAGAUCUUCCGGUUUCAGAAUGGCAAGACCGAGUCCUUGUUUCUACAGCGCAAAAACCCUCGCAGAAUAGCAUGGACCACGCUCUAUCGAAGAAUGCACAAGAAGGGUAUCUCUGAGGAAGUCGCAAAGAAACGAACUCGAAGAACGGUCAAGUCACAGCGAGCCAUCGUCGGUGCCUCGUUAGACGUCAUCAAGGAGCGACGCUCACAGAGACCGGAAGCACGUGCUGCAGCACGCCAAGCUGCCAUCAAGGAGGGCAAGGAGAAGAAGUCUGCAUAUGAGAGCAAGAAGAAGCAGGAGAAGGCAAAGAGUGCGGCUGGCGCGGCGAGAGGGCAGGUCAAGGGUGCGCUCUCAAGCAAGCAACAGGCAAAGGGUGCACCGACCAAGGUGACAGCUAAGACUCGUUGA